AUGGAUACCCAUGAUGUCUCUCACGUUAAAGAGUAUUGGGAACAGUUAAACCAGGAAAAGAAAACUCUCGAACACGCACUGGCAUUCAAGGGACUCCCUCCCACAUGGAGAAAGUCAAAGGGAGACCUAAUCAUGAAACACUUGCUAAUGCGGCAAACAUCGUAUCUAACAGAGAAAAUACCCGGUCAUUACAUGCUUCAUGCAUCGUUUGUCCCUCCACCUUAUCAUCCUUGUGCGAGCAGAAUGGAGAGCCUGAGAAAAAUCAUGGUCACAGAUCUUCUCCUGGAGACUCACCAUCGGGGCUCCUACGUUGUUCUUAGAACCAUAACGCCAGUUCAUAUCAUGACUGGCAUCUUGGUCAUUGUGGAAGAUGAGAGUGAUACCCCAAUCACAUUACAAAUUUAUCAUCAAGAGACACGAUCUCUAGCGGAUAAAUUUCCGAAAGGAACGAUCUUGGUUGUCAAGGAACCUUACUUGAAGGUCACGGCAGACGGGGAAUUUGGAAUCCGACUGGACCACCAUUGUGAUUUCAAAAUUUUGCAGAAGUAUGACUCCAAAGUUCCCUCCGUCUGGCAAGAGAGACAAUUUGGGAAUAGCUUUUCUCGACUAUCAUCUAACGAUUGGAGGUUAAUGGGUAACCGCCUCUUCAACAACUCCAAGUACUAUUUGGCUAUUGAGUGCUAUUCAAAGGCAUUGGAAUACAACCUGAAAGAUCCGGAGAGGCAAAUCAUCCAGCUGAAUCGUGCUCUAACUUUCCUCAAAUCCCACCAGUUUGAUGCUGCUCUCAGCGACACUCAAGAAAUUUUGGCACUCUUCCCUACGUCGGAAAAGGCCCUUUUUCGCAAAUCUCAGGCACUCUAUCAUCUUCGGAAAUUCAGAGAGUCGUGCAAUACCUGGAAAAUUCUUCGCAAAGCGUUUCCUGAAAAUGUGAGCGCAAGGAACGAAUUCACAAGAGCCCUUGAUCGUCUUUUGGAACAAGAAAGUGGCAAGUUUUGCUUCAAGAAAAUGCAGCAAGAAGCCAAGAGGCUUUCUCCACCGCAGUUGGAUCAUGCAACAUACAUCGGACCUGUGUCGAUAAAGCUGACCUCCAAUCGAGGGCGGGGUUUAUUCACGACCAGUCAAGUGAAGGCAGGAGAUCUUUUGCUGUGCGAGAAGGCAGUUGGGUACGCGUUUUUUGACGAAGAAAAGAAAAGUCAAGGCUUGUCCCUUUUGAUGAACACGGAGACGAACUCCAUGACUAUCGGUUGCCAGAUGGAGCUUCUCACAUCUGUGAUUCAAACACUUCAAAAAAACCCAUCAUUCAUGCCUGCUAUCCUGGAUCUUCAUCAUGGGUCAUACAAGACUUUGGAUGUCACUUGGGCUGAUGGAAACCCCGUCGUGGAUACAUUCCUGAUUGAAACUAUAUUAGCCCUCAACAGCUUUGGGUGUACUCGAUCAACUCGUGCGCAUCACAUUGAACUUGCUCUCAAUAGAACAACAGCCUCGGAUGUGUUUCACUCAGUCGGCCUUUGGCCGAUUGCAGCUCACGGCAAUCACUCUUGUCUUGCAAAUGCUAGUCGGUCCUUUAUCGGAGACAUUAUGAUCAUCCGUGCUUCGCAAGACCUUGCACCUGAUACCGAGAUUGUCUUUCCUUACAAGAAUCUAUUCAGAGAUAGCGAGCCGAAUCUAGACAAGGCACUCGAGCAGUGGGGCUUCCAAUGCGACUGUGCUUUGUGUGAAGACUUGAAGGCAACCAAGCCUACUAAUUUGGCAAUAAGAAAGAGACUCAUGGAGAAAUUGGCGGCCGUUUUUCAAUCCCCAAAGACUGUAUCCAUGGGAAGUAUUGACACACUCUUGGCAAAUCUCGAGAAUACCUAUGCUCGGCCUGCACUUGAAGUUCCACGUAUUGACAUCUACGAUUGUUACGCUGCACUUUCAAAAAUCUACUAUUCAUGUGGAUAUCCUGAAAAAGCUGUUGGCGCAGUAUUGAAAACGCUAGAUUCACUUGGAUUUGCGAUUGAGGGUGGCGAGUUGCCGCAAAAGCCGGGCACGUCCCUUGUCAUCAAGAAAUGGGGAUUGGUGAAAGACGACCUCAUUGGCUGCUGGAUGAUGCUCGCAAAUAUCUAUCACAUCUGGGCCCCCAGUCUUGAGGCCUCGGCACAGGCCUACGCCCGAUUGUUCUAUCGAAUCUGUAUUGGCGAAGAUGAAACGUUUGACCAGACUUAUUCUUUGGGGUCGUUGAGACUCGAUGGAUUCUGUGCGCGAGCAGAGUAA